UAGAGUGGAGCCACAUCAGUGAUGGCAUUGUCUCUCCAUUGCCUACAGAAGAAAAGGCCCAGCUCUUUUGACACAUUCAGGACCCUGUUGAGCCUGUGGCCAGAGAUUGCUGGUGGCUUCAAGCCAGAGCUUCAGGGCUCACAGACUGCAAUGGUCAUGGUGCAGGACCGAAUCAUCAAUUUGGUUGUUGGCAGCUUCACAUGCUUAUUGAUUCUAGUAACGCUGAUCAGUGCUUUUGUUUUCCCUCGCCUACCUCCCAAACCACUGAAUAUAUUUUUUGCGGUCUGCAUCUCUCUGAGCAGUGCUACAGCCUGCAUACUUAUCUACUGGUAUCGACAAGGAGACUUAGAACCGAAAUUUAGAAGUUUAAUUUACUAUAUCUUAUUUUCAAUCAUCAUGCUGUGUAUAUGUGCAAACCUAUACUUCCACGACCUGGGAAGGUGAGGCUGUCAAGAAGAGACCCUGACCAGGGCUCUUGAGAACUACCUGUGAGGGCAGGAGAGACUGCUGGGCCAGGUGCAUGGACCAGUCUCCUACAGAAUGCUGACACGUGACUUCAUGUGAACUAUAAAUCUCAACUCUCUCUUGUGAGGGAGAUGCAUCACAGAUCUCUUCGCUUUUUCUUUAAGGAGCUGAUGUGCACUUAAACAUUCCAACCUUACAGUUCAAACAGCACAAGUAAUUUUCACUUUUGAAAUUAAAAUUUUUUACGACUGCAUGGUAAAGGCUCACAAUCUUGCAUUUUAAGACAAAUAUUCCUUUAUUUCUGUUAAACUGAAUAUACAAUAAUUGUUCCCUAGGCAACCAACUCUUGCUUGUCACUACAAUUUCACGUUAACAAAACACAGAUGGUGAAAAGACAACUUUGAUUGUGAAGAUCUAAUUACAAUAAUAAAUAAAAUAAUUUAUACAA